AUGGGGAAUAUACUGAAUCUGAAUUCCAAGACUAGAUGGAACGACUCCUAUGAGGUUUUCCAAGGUGAAUCUUGCAAGAGACGGAGGUUGUCAUCAAACUCUUGUCAGUAUAAUGCUAGACUGAUUCCGUUCCUUCCUGAUGAGAUAACAAUGCAGAUUCUAGCUAGAGUUCCUCGGAUCUAUUAUUUGCACCUGAAGUUAGUUUCCCGUGCUUGGAAAGCAGCUCUUGUGAGUUCUGAACUAUUUACUGUGAGAAAGGGCCUUGGAACCAUGGAGGAGUGGCUCUACAUUUUAACAAAAGUCAAGGAUGAUAAGCUUUUAUGGUAUGCCUUGGACCCUCUUUCUAGAAGAUGGCAAAGGUUGCCACCGAUGCCCAAAGUUGGGUUUGAAGAUGAAACAAAGAAAGGUUUGAUUUCCCUUCCCCUUCGAAUGUGGAGCAUGAUGGGUUCAAGUAUCAGAAUUGUUGAUGUCAUAAUGAGCUGGCUGGGGAGGAGAGAUGCCCUGGACUGGAUGCCUUUUUGUGGUUGCUCCAUCGGAGCUGUUGAUGGUUGCAUCUAUGCAUUAGGAGGAUUUUCAAGAGCUUCAGCAAUGAAAUCUGUAUGGCAAUAUGAUCCCAUUAGAAAUUCCUGGGCUGAGGCUAGUCCAAUGUCAGUUGGUAGAGCCUAUUCCAAGACAGGUAUAUUAAAUAAUAAGCUCUAUGUUGUUGGAGGGGUUACUAGGGGUCGUGGUGGACUAAGCCCUCUUCAAUCAGCAGAAGUGUAUGACCCUCGUACAGGCAUGUGGUCCCAAUUACCUAGCAUGCCUUUUGCAAGAGCUCAAGUGCUGCCAACUGCCUUUUUGGCGGACUUACUCAAGCCUAUUGCCACAGGAAUGGCUUCAUACAGGGGAAGGUUAUUUGUUCCUCAGAGUUUGUAUUGCUGGCCAUUUUUUGUUGAUGUUGGGGGUGAAGUUUAUGAUCCAAAUAUAAAUACAUGGCUUGAAAUGCCAGUCGGCAUGGGUGAAGGCUGGCCUGCAAGGCAAGCUGGAACAAAAUUGAGUGUUACUGUCAAUGAUGAUCUAUAUGCACUUGAUCCUUCAAAUUCUCUAGACAGUGCAAAGAUCAAGGUAUAUGAUUUUGAAGGUGAUACUUGGAAAGUUGCAGCUGGAGAUGUUCCUAUUCAUGAUUUCACUGAUUCAGAAUCUCCUUAUCUCUUGGCUGGUUUACUUGGAAAACUUCAUAUAAUUACUAAAGAUGCUAAUCACAACAUUAAAGUGUUGCAGGCUGACAUGCAACAUGAACAUACCGAGUCAGCUUUCUCCCAAUUAAUAAUGUCUUCACCUGAUAACUCAACCACUGAAGAUGCUGAAUCUUCAGCACAAAGUCAGGCAGAAUUUUGGAAGGUUCUUGCAUCUAGGAGUGGUAUAUCUGCUGAACUAGUUAACUGUCAAUCCCUUAAAAUUUGA